AUGCCAGUCGGAGAUAAUCGAGCCCAUAAUCGAGCCCAAUCGAGCCUAACUUUGUGUGUGAAGGUACAACACGCUGGCUCUAUACUGCCUGCGGGCUGGCCUUCCACCUGCCAAAGCCUCAGGAGACUUUUGAGUGGUGAUCUCCGGCGCCAGUUGUUGCUGUUUUGUUUAAGGGCGCAAAGGUCUUGCUUAGACAUCUUAAGGGUUCGUUUAGGCUUCCUUAAGUUUCAGUAUACUACUGGGCAUCAACGAAGCAUUGCUGGCUCUUCGCAAGGUCUUGGUGAAUAUGCCACCAACGAAAUCUGUCGGAGUCAAGCUGAGGCCGUGUUCUUCUGCACGCAGCAGCUGGUCCGCGCAGCUGAGGAGCUUUUCGUUUGCUACGGAUACGAUCAUCCUCGGCAAUAUCCCCUUGCAGAGCCGACUCCAGAAGAGGACGCGUUGCAGCGCCGAGAAGUCUGCGCGAGGCAUCCGCAACUAUGUCCGGACUUUCCUCCUCCCGUGGAAACAGUUGACCACCCAACCGUUUUGAAUGAGUUGCAGAAUCAGGACAAGGCCGACAUGCAAGCCACCCCGGAACCGAUGUCAAACUUCGAGGUGGGGACGGAGCAGUGGCGGACGGAUCUGUCAGAUGUUGUUCUGCCAACUCCGGCCUACGAUUCCGACUCGGAUUGA